AUGCAUUUCAUAAUUGGUGUCAUCAAGUUUGGUGGUUGUUAUUUCGUCACUAGUGUCAUUGAAUUCGGUGGUGGCUCUUAUUUUGUCAUUGGUGUUGUCGAAUUCAGUGCUUAUGCAUUUCGUCAUUGGUGUCAUCAAGUUUGGUGGUUGUUAUUUCAUCGCUGGUGUCAUCGAAUUCGGUGGUUAUUAUUUCGGCAUUGGUUUGUCGAAUUCGGUAGUUAUUAUUUUGUCACUGGUGUCGUCGAGUUUGGUGAUUAUUAUUUCGUCAUUGGUGUUGUCGAAUUCAGUGGUUAUUAUUUUGUCGCUGGUGUCAUCGAGUUUGAUGGUUAUUAUUUCAUCACUGGUGUCGUCGAAUUCAGUGGUUAUUAUUUUGUCACUAGUGUCAUCGAAUUCGGUGGUGGCUCUUAUUUUGUCACUGGUGUCGUUAGUUUGGUGGUUAUUAUUUCAUCACUGGUGUUGUCGAAUUCAGUGGUGGCUCUUAUUUCGUCGCUGUUUGGUGGUUAUUAUUUCGUUGCUGGUGUUGUCGAAUUCGGUGGUGGCUCUUAUUUCGUUGCUGUUGUCGUCGAAUUCAGUGGUUAUUAUUUCAUCGCUGGUGUUAUCGAAUUCAGUGGUUAUUAUUUCGUCGCUGGUGUCAUCGAAUUCAGUGGUUAUUAUUUCGUCAUUGGUGUCAUCGAAUUUGGUGGUUAUUAUUUCGUCACUGGUGUCGUCGCAUUAGGUGGUUAUUAUUUAGUCACUAGUGUCAUCGAAUUAGGUGGUUAUUAUUUCAUUGCUGGUGUCAUUAGUGGUUAUUAUUUUGUCAUUGGUGUUGUCGAAUUAGGUGGUUAUUAUUUCGUCACUGGUGUCAUUAAAUUCGGUGGUGGCUCUUAUUUCGUCACUGGUGUCAUUAGUUUGGUGGUUAUUAUUUUGUCGCUAAUGUCGUUAAAUUCAGUGGUGGCUCUUAUUUCGUCGCUGUUUGGUAGUUAUUAUUUCGUCGCUGGUGUCGUCGAAUUCGGUGGUGGCUCUUUUUUCGUUGCUGGUGUCGUCAAAUUCAGUAGUUAUUAUUUCGUUGCUGGUGUUGUUGAAUUCAGUGGUUAUUAUUUCAUCACUGGUGUUGUCGAAUUCGGUGGUUAUUAUUUUGUCAAUGGUGUCAUUGAAUUCGGUGGUUAUUAUUUCAUUGCUGGUGUCGUCGAAUUCGGUAGUGGCUCUUAUUUCGUCGCUGGUGUUGUCGAGUUUGGUGGUGGCUCUUAUUUCGUCAUUGGUGUCGUCGAAUUCAGUGGUUAUUAUUUCGUCGCUGGUAUCAUCGAAUUAGGUGGUUAUUAUUUCGUUGCUGGUGUUGUCAAAUUCGGUGGUUAUUAUUUCGUUUGUCGUCAGUUUGGUGGUUAUUAUUUCAUUGCUGAUGUUGUCAAAUUCGGUAGUAGCUCUUAUUUCAUCGCUGGUGUCGUCGAAUUUGGUGGUUAUUAUUUUGUUAUUGGUAUCGUCGAAUUCGGUGGUUAUUAUUUCAUCGCUGGUGUCAUCGAAUUUAGUGAUUCUUAUUUCGUCUUG